AUGAAUGACCAAUUUUUCAAGAACAAUGAGGAUACGUCUCGUACCUCAUUGCCGAGUGUGGAUCAUGAAAGCCUCAUCCAAACGAACUUAACAAAGCAUAAGAAUGCAUUUUUCUUCGUCAAAAAAAAGACUUCCAAUGAUGGAAGUCCUUCCAUUGUGGCCAUAGAUGAUGUGCCAACACAUGAAGAAAGCACGGACGAAGACACACAAUGUCAGGAAUGCUAUUGGGAUAUUCAUAAAGCUCGACAAUUUGUUGUAUUGCACCCAUGCGAUUGCAUUUUUCACUUUGAUUGCAUAAAAGAUAAAUUUUAUGAAGAUCCCAGGUGUCCUAAAUGCAACAUAGACACCAUGAAGCUCCGUCGCAUGACUGUCUUGGAAGGUCGUUUUGUCGACAAGCCACUCGAGCUUGAAUACGUCAAAAUACGUAUCAAGAAUCGCAGAAUAGAUCAUCAGAUGCAUCAAUAUUCAGCUCAAGAAGCUGAUUCUAAGAGCGUUCCGUACUCUCGUAGGGAUCUUGUCGCCCUUCGACGAAAAGUUUACGAAAAGAAGUUGUACUGUCUUUCUGUUCGAUCAGGGCAAGCCCUUGACUCCACCGAGAUCUGCAAGCAAAUUCUUAAACAGGAUCCUGAUGUUAAGGGUCUCAUGCGUGCUUGGAUAAAACUCGAGAUUCAAGCAUUAAAGCAGAUGACAGUAGUACCCGAUCACGGGGAUUCAUUUGAAUAUGCUGUAAUAGCUACGCUGCAGAUGGAGAGUAAUACCGAGGGACAGAAGAAGAAGAAAGAAUAUGCGGUAGACAUCAUUAGAAAUACUUUGGAUGAUUAUACCGAUUUGUUCUUGCAUUCGGCCCGUGAGUUCUUGACAAGCUUCUGUCAGACGUUGGAAAAAUGGAAUCGCAAUGUGACCUAUCCUGAAAGGAAGUCAUGCAAUUCCAAUACCGUCACAUCUCCACCAGCGAGGCCUCCUAGACCUGGUCUCGGACGAUCAUCAGGACCGAGUUUCGCUUACAUGAGAUUCAAUUCUGAAGAUCUUCGCAGCUCCAAUACUGCACAGAGUAUUAGUACUGCAUCUCCAACGACCGCAGCACAGCCCAUUGCGCAUUCACUUGAUCAGAAUGUGCCACAGGUAACUGCCCCUUCUUUCGUUGCUCAUUCAUUUGAUCAAAAUGAUGUGUCACAGGCGACCAUACCUUCAUCCGUUGCGCAUUUGGGACAUUUAUCUAGACCGGUCACGCUAUCUUCCACUCCUGCCUCUUUGAAGUCUUCCCCGGUCUUUGGUGAUCAUGACACAAGAUGUACCGUCAGAGAAUGUCCAGAUAACCUCGAUUUUUCUUCAAAUAAAAGAGGUCGCCGUCUUUUAUCUCGGAUGAGAUCUUGGGGGACACGAGCUAAAAUUUCCCAUUCCCAGUUGAAUUCCGUUCAACUUGAUGAAGCUAAUUUGCAAGGUAUUCUGGAUGGAAUGGAGCAGUCGACUACUAGCUUGGAGGAAGAUGACAAUGCAGAGGAUGACCAGAAUCAUGGUAUUGAGGAUGCCUCUCGUACAGAAGUUGGUCGGGGCGGAAAACUCUUUCGCAAACUUAAUAAAAUUACUAAAUUCGUGAGGACAUCCAUCAAGAAAUCCUCUAUCAAGAAAUCCUCCAAGGGACUUGACUGGGAGAAAGAGCAAGACAUAAGAUGA